UCGCACGUCAUGAAAUUAGUUAUUUAUGGAAAUGUACUUUGCAGGAAAUGCCAUUAUUUUAUUCUGUUAGCAGAUGCAUUCGUCUGUGCAGAAUCUGUCGGUUUUAACCGGAAAACACGAGCGCGCAGCCUGCCAGAAUUGGCACACUAUUGCUCGAUAGUCAGCUUAAUCAGAGACAAUGUUACGCAUGCGGUGGUUAAUACUGACGUCUCAAUUUUGCAUAUUUCUUCAGAGCUCCAAAGUUGCAGAAACAGGGAACCUGACCGGGAAGAGUACCUGAAAAUGGCCACCUUUAAUUACCGGCUGAGCCGUGCGAGACGGCUCAUAGAGAAUGCGUUUGGGAUCAUGGCCAGCAGGUGGCGUAUUCUACGAAGAGCAUUUCGAGCCUCGGAAGAAACAACAGAAAAUAUUGUGAAGGCGUGCGUGGCUUUGCACAACUUUCUGCUCAAGAAUUCUGCCAUGUCAAGGUCAGCGUACAAUCCUCCGGGUUAUGUGGACAGCGAGGACUGGCAGGGAAAUCUCACACAUGGGUCAUGGAGAAAUGACGACAGGGGGCUGCCGUUGAGGGACAUGGCGGGCCUGGGGUCCCACUCUCCCGGGACUGCUUUGGAAGUACGGGACCGACUGGCCACAUACUUCCUCAACGAGGGAAAGGUCCCGUGGCAAGAAAGAAUCGUAACUCGAGCGGGACAGCAGGAAACAACGUAAGUACCGGGAUGAUGGUACUUGGUCAGCAGGCCUCUUGGCUGAUCUGGGCAAACCAAAGGAAGCAAAUCAGCCAGGACGUACAGGAAUAUUGAAGACAUGAUUUUCUUACCGUGAAGGACCUACAUCGGCUCCCGUGCCUGGGUGUUCAUAGAUGCUGCAAAAUAAAGGCAGACUGUGAAUUUG